CGGUGAAAAGAGUCCCAGCGAGACGAACGGAAACACCUCCCACGGUUUUAGAGAUCGUUCAUAUAGCGCUGCAGUCUGCAUCGACGUCACUUAGACAAACAGAUCGACGACCGGACGGUUCGAGAGACGACUAGAAAAUCAUGAAUUCAAGCAACGCCAUGUACACCAUACUGAUAGUUUUUUCUACGACCACGCUUUUCUUCCUCACUGCCGAUGCCUAUCUAAACCAACCACAAAACCUUCGAAAAGUGCCACACCAAGGAAAACGAGGGUAUUAUUUCGUACAACGAGGUGGACAACAACACUUCAUCGAAGAGCCCACCGACGUGACCGCAAUGGCAGGGGAAGACGCCGUCUUUGGAUGCUCAGUUGAACACCUCAAAGGCACGGUGUCAUGGGCCAAGGAACAGACCGACCUACUCACAUUCAAACGGAUGGUAUUGAAAGACGCAAGUCAUUAUUCAUUGGAAGGCGCUGGUAACGAUUACGAUUUGGUCAUCAAAGGAGUUAAAGCCAGUGACGCCGGUGUAUAUAACUGCUUCGUGACUGCCUCAGGCGGUGACGAAUCCUUGAAAUCUAAAGAUGCUAUUCUUACCGUUCUGUAAUUGAGAUUGGCAGAGACUUGAAUGGUGGAUAGAAAACGGGGCAUCACGUGGUGUUGAAAUAGAGCAUGCGCUGAACACACAUUUACGUCAUUAUAUAUAACUGUCUUUUCUUCACAAAUCUUUGAAACCACUUUUGUAAUCUGACAUUUGACUCAAUAAACUAAAUUCAACUUUGUUCCCUGC